AUGAAGCUGGUGGCUCUCAUGUCGUUCUUGCUCUUUCUUCCAUUGUGUUCUUCAAGAUCUGUAGAGAGCCAUGAUGAGACAAAACCAACUAUUUCGGGACGUCCUACGAGGCCACCACCACCAAACCGUGAUGAGAUAAAACCGACCAGUUGGUUUGUGCCACCAGGUCCUAAUCAGAAGAAACCGACCGGUUGGGGUAUUCCUAUGCGGCCACCACCACCAAGCCAUGAUGAGAUAAAACCGAACAGUUGGUUUGUGCCACCGGGCCCUAAUCAGAAAAAACUGACUAGUUGGUUUGUGCCACCAGGUCCUAAUCAAAAAUAA